GCCUUGAAACCUGGGAACGAGACGCUAACACAUGUGGUUGCGUGAUUGCGUCUGGAUUACGAUAUUUUCUGCUGAAUAAAAACGUUUCUGUCCGGGAUUUGCGGAGGCUGAGCUGAAAUUCCGGGUUGAUUCUGUAACCAGCAGGUAACUAAGCACCAGACAUGGCUGAUACGGAGACUAACACAGACGGGAAACCUGAAACUACAGGAGACGGGAAAUCUGAACCCACCGGACUGGAGAGGAAAAUCUACCAGCAGAUGGAGUACUACUUCGGGGAUCACAACUUGACCCGAGAUCGCUUCCUGCAAGGGGAGAUCAAGAAAGACGACGGGUGGGUUCCUCUGGAGACUCUGGUCAAGUUCAACAGACUCAAGGCCCUGUCUGAUGACUUUGAGGUCAUCUGUGCAGCUCUGCAGAAAUCCCCAAACCAACUCAUGGAGGUGAGUGAAGACAAGACGAAGGUUCGGCGACUUCCCAGCAAAUCUCUGCCCAAAAACACGGAGCAGUGGAGGUCCGAGAACAAGGCUAGAACUGUCUACUGUAAGGGUUUCGGCCAGGACGACUCCUUAGACGACAUCCAGGAGUUCUUCCAAGACAAGGGCAAGGUCGAGACGGUCUUCAUGAGACGCAACGAGAACAAGGACUUCAAGGGCUCCGUCUUCGCGACCUUCAGCAGCCUGGACGAUGCUAAGAAGUUUGUGGAGGCGGAAGGAGUCCAGUACAAGGGGGAAGACGUCAAGAAGAUGUUCAAGAAUGAGUACUUCAACAUGAAACUUGAAGAGAAGAAGAAGAGAAAGGAGGAAGAAAAGAGAAAGCUGGAGGAGGAAACAGAGCAGCAAGAGAAGAAGAAAGAGGAGGAGAAACAGAAAGAUGUGGAAUAUACGAAGGGCUGCAUUCUCCACUUCUCAGGUGCUCCAGACGACACGGUGCGGGAGGAAGUCUCCAAGGUGUUCCAGACGUUUGGAGACGUCAAGUGGAUUGACUUCAACAAGGGAGACACACAGGGCACCGUGAGGUUCGCAUCGCCCGGCGCGGCGGAAGCAGCUGCCCAGGUGGCUGAUGGGAAGGUGACGCUGAAGGGCGCGGAGCUGUCCUGCAGGGUCAUGGAAGGAGAGGAAGAGAAGACCCACUGGCUGCAGGUGUACGAGAACCAGAGCAAAGUCCGGCAGCAGAAGAAGAAGAUGAAGUUCGGACAAGGUCGCGGCAGAGGUCGGGGUCGAGGUCGGGGUCGGGGCAGAGGUCGCGGAGGUCAUGACAGAAACACGACAUUCCAGGGGAAGAAAACACGGCUGGACAGCGACGGGGAGGGCAGCGAUGGUGAAACGCAGCAGAAGAUGGAGGACACGACCUCCGCAGCGAAGCGGCCGCACGAGGAUUCUGGGAAGGACGAGGAGCCCGCAAAGAAACACCUGAAGACGGAGGGAGACUGAACCAUCGCCCAAAGGGGGGGGGAUUUUUUUUCUUGUUUUUUUAUUUUUAUCUGUAGGAGAAAAUGAAAUAUCCCAUAAAAUGUGAUCACCAAAGUCUGUGACAGUUUCCUUUAGUUUCUACAUAUAAGAAUAUAACGUUCAGCAGUUUUUUUUUUCAUAUCAUGAUUAGAAUCAGAGUCAUAAGCUCACAAAAACCCACCUAUACAUCAGGAAAUACAAAUUUUUACAGACAGGACUUUUCUGUACUAUAGAGCUCUGUGGGGAAGCUGAAAGUCCACUAUUAUUAGAUAUUAACCAAAGUCUUAGUUUCUUUCAUUUUGUUUUAUUUCAUUUUGUUACAUCGCUGUAGUUCCUGUAGUCUACUGUGCAGUGACAUGUCAGUGCGCCUUACCUUAUAUGGCAAUGGCCCUUGCCCUUAUAUGGCAGUUUUUCUCCCUAGUAUAUCCUUAUAUGGCAAUAUCUCUCACUCUCAUAUCUUUAACAUAGCAAAGGCAAUGUCCUGUACCAUUAUGUCUUAUAUUGCAAUUGUCCUAACCUACUUGACAAUUUUCAUACAAGACGUUUUUUUCUGCUAAUUAACAGUGAGACAUGGACAUGAUUUCAUUUUAGAUUUUGUGAAGUUGCUCAGACCUGGAAAAAUAUGAACAUCAGGUCACGUCAAGUUGUCCACAGGGAGAUGUGAACAUGUAACGUUAACUGUUUCUCAUCCAGAAAACUAUCGAACAUCAACAAUUAAGUCACUUUUUGUUUACUUGACUAUGGGCCGUCAGGUGUUUCUCACAACAUUGUCUGUGCAGAUCUUCAAUUAAACCUUUUUAUAUUCA